AUGGAAGACUCGAUGGACCUCGACGAGCAGGUGCUCAACGAAGUUGCAAGUUUGCGAGCAUCCAACUGGCAGGCAUCUACUUCUUCCAGUGGCUUUGAGAAUCAUCGAAUAUCGUCGGCAGGCAUCGAACAAUUCUUUGUGUUGGAUUCCAACGUCUUGAUUAGCUAUCUCCCUCUGGUCAAAGACCUCUUAGCGGCUAUCCUUCGACGAAAUUCAAACAUGGCACUUUGCCUCCCGAUUGUCGUCGUCGAGGAGCUCAACUUUCUCAAAGAGAGAAACUCGAAUCCGAAUACGCGUGCACUUGCUCAACAAGCCAAUGUGUGGUUACUCGCCCAGAUGCGCAAUCGCACGGGUGCCAUUCUAGGUCAGCAACGACACGAGAAGAUACUUGUCUCUGAACGCCCUGACCAAGUAAAUGACGACAGGAUAGUGGACUAUUGCGAGUACCUAUUGGCUACACAUCGCACGACAAACGCUACUGUCAUACUUGUAAGCAAUGACCAGAACUGUUGCUUAAAGGCGGAGCUCCAAGGAAUUAAGACCAUUUCUCCGAAUCCAAUGACAACUGCAGAUGAUUUCAUUGCUCAAGGGGUCACAUAUGGCGCAAAACCACCGAGAGGGGGUGGCGGCCAGCACCAAAUCUCACACGGCUCUAUGGAUCUCGAUGAAGAGGAGAUUAUCGGCGCUAGUGAUUCCCACCCACUUUCGGUGCUCCACCGGGCGUUUUUGGAUUAUCUCACUGCUCUUCUGCCCCAACUCGCGUACGACGCUGCGCUCAAGGAGCAAGAACGUCGCGACAAGCUUGGGAAAGCACCAGUUUCGGCCCCGAAGUCGUCCUUGUUCUCGUCACGAUAUGCACCCAAGAGCGCCGAGCCCGCGGCGUUUACAGGUCCAGGUGCGUUUGUGAUGCCGACGAUGGACAACGUGCGUUUGUGGACGGCCAUCGAUUGCAUCACGUUUUGCCUAGAGCUGCCCUCUGCUGUGGUUGGAGAGACUGUCCGCAGCAAUAGCAAGCCAGAUAUAGCCAAGCUGAGGCUAUUCCUUCUUCCCGCGGGAUUGCCUGGGUCGCGCAAGGGCAAAGACUGGAGCGUGGGGGACUGGAUGGUGGCACUCGAUGAGCUCGAGAGGGUUGCAUCAUUCUCUCUCUUUCUCUUGGGCACGCUCGUCGUGCUCUCAUCCGUCUCGUACUAUCUGCACAUUGACCGGCACGCCUACCUCGAGGACGACGAAAUAUUCCAGCUAGAACGAUUUUACGACGAUAACAAGACUACACAGGCCGACGAAAAGAUUCCCAGGAUCAUCCACCAGACGUGGAAAACCGAUGUCCUCCCAGACCGUUGGAGGAUCGUUGCCCAGGGAUGCAAGGACCUGAUGCCCGACUACGAAUACAUGCUUUGGACCGACGCCUCUUCCCGCGAGUUUAUCGAGACGCACUACCCUUGGUUCCUCGAAACAUACGACGGGUAUAAAUAUACAAUCCAGAGGGCCGAUGUCAUCCGCUAUUUUGUGCUACACCACUAUGGAGGUGUAUAUAUGGACCUCGAUAUUGGCUGCAUGCGGCGCAUGGACCCUCUGCUCCAGUACAACGUUAUCCUCCCAAAGACUAUCCCCGUCGGAGUCUCCAAUGAUCUCAUGUUCGCCGUCAAGCGACACCCUUUUAUGGAGCAGACCAUCCGGCACUUGAUCAACUUUGACCAUUCGUGGAUUCUCAACUAUCCAACCGUCAUGUUUUCAACCGGUCCCAUGUUCCUCUCGGCCCAGUACGGCAUCUACACGACUGCGCACCCUCCCACGCCUGAUAACCCGGGGGGCGAUGUGCGCAUUUUGCCAAAGUCCCUCUACGGCAAAAAUGCACGUGUAGACGAGGCUCCAAACGCCUUUUUUUCUCACCAUUAUGGCAGCAGCUGGCACGCAGACGAUGCGGCAUUUAUCACUUUUUUGGGCCGGUCGGGCAUGACCUUGAUGUGGAUAGGCUUCUUCGUUCUAUUGAUCGGGACCCUCCGUCUGAUCAUACAAAAGCGCGCAAAGGGCAAAGGUCGCAGUCUACGACGGCGUCUCGCCUCUGCACGUUAUUAUUUGCUGCUCCCACGCCGUGUCCGGGCGCAAGAGGGCAAUGUAACACUCGACAUUCUCGGCCCUGCGGCUGGCUCGACGAGCACAACGACCAACACUUCUCCCAUUUCUUCUCCGACCUCGAGCCGCCCCUCGUCUCCGUCGUCGACAAUGCCCCUUUUGCCCUAUACAUUUGAUGCCGACGGCACACCUAGCACCUCUGCCGCUGCUGAGAACCAACCAUCCUCGCUAGGCGCCUCGGCAGCUGGUGCAUUCCGACGAGCAGGGGCUUGGGCACGUUCCCAAGUCGGAGGUACUAGCACCUCCAAACCUGCGCGUGGUCAUCAUCGGGGAGUCUCACGCUCGAGCUGGGGAAGCGCGAGUGAUCUCCUCUUCUUCCUACCCGCCAUCCUCCCAACCCAACGGACGACCUCUUCCAACGAGCGAUCCACGACUGCUAAUCCCACCACCCCAACCGCCGCCGGACACCGUUACCCGCCCUCUAAACGCGCCAUGAUAGACUCGGAAGAAGAGGACCUUGAAGCUGCCAAUCGACGACCAAAAUCUGGUGUCCUCUCUCCUCCUCCACCCUAUGUCGACAACCACGGCUCACGACUCUCCGUUGCCAGCCCCGCAACAGAGGAUGAAUGGCCGGAUUGGGGCUCGUCGUCACGACCCUCGACUUCAUCUUCUUUGUCUUCUCUUCCAUCGUCCAGCUCGCGCCUCCAGUAA